ACGUUUCAGUGAGAGGGGCACCUGUUGUCUAAAUAUUGAUUUGUGGCUCAAUACUUUUAACGGUUCAAUUGAAUCGUUUAUCCAUGUGCAUGAGGAAAAAGGAAACCAUGGGGAGAUGUUACUAAAUACUUUAUUUUUGCAUGGUGUGGGAAGAAUAAAGUUACCCCAUCAUAUGAAGUUAGAGGAAGUAAACAACGACAAAGAUUUUUAUGUGAAUUCCAACAAAUCAUCCUGGUCUGGUUUCCUGGGAAAGGAUGAUUUACAUCCUAAUAAAAGUGGUGAUCUUCGCUUGGCCAAUUAUUUCUAUGGGUUUUUAAAAAAAUGCAUUUCUUCAGAUAACGCAUCUCAAAAGAGGAAAAAUUACCAGUCGAUCACCCCAGAUACAUUUUGGAUUCUUUGGAGUUUGUCUUCCUGUGAUCAGCCUUUAUUUUUGUCAUCAUGAUCACAGCAUGCUGGUUCUGCUUUGCCUUGUAGUCAGUUACCAAUUUCUGUUGACCUUCAUACGUUUCUUCUUAUCCAUCAGCCUCUCAAAAAGUAUAUAUAAAUGCACCUGAUUUCUGAUUAUAUAUAAUUUAUAUUGAUGUUUUUAAUGUCCAUGGAGGUUUAAAAGAUCUGUUACUCAUUUUUCUUAUAUAACUAUUACAUAUUCAAAAAUGUCAAUCAGUUGCUCCUCAAUUCAUUUUGGAUUCUACAUAAUUUCCUGCUUUGCCUUCCUCAAGACAUCUUGAUUUUUACCAUCUUGGUCAAAACAUGCUGCUUCUUGGCCUUUAGCAUGGCCAUCUGUUUCAGCUUGUCCAGUCUCAACUGCUUCUAUUUGUCUUCCAAUCUGUUCGAUUAUUUCUCGUUCUCUUACACUCUCUCCGCCGUUUCUCACUCUCUUCUACUCUUCCUUUGUUGACUAAGACUUCUAUUGGCCAUGUCCAAUUUCUUGUACCUGUUGUUUCCUACAUGCCUAUCCUCCAUUUUAUGUACCUAUUGCUCCUCUAUUACCACUAGCUACUGUACCUGCGUCUGUUCCCUCUCAUCCAACUUACAGUCAGUCAGUUGCUGCAUGCACUCUGCCAACCCACUGUGAACCAGAACCUGCUCGCCCUCCCUCAGCCCAAUGUCCACCAGCAUGUGCUUCUAAAAAGCUUGGAAAAGCAAGAAUUACUAAGAUAAGUAAAAAUAUUUUACCAAAAUGUGACAAAAAUAUCUAUGAAAAUAUUAUUUGCAAUAUUCCUAUAAUAAAUAAAUUUGCAGUAUUGCUAGAUGAUUGUAAAGAAGAAAAUAGGACAGAUAUUUGGCUUUAAAUUUAAAAAAGAAUAUAUCACUGGAAGAGGAGGGGCGUACCAAGAAUUCCUCAUAUUCAAAGACUUGUGAUUAUUGAGGGAGAACUUAUUUGUUCAAGUCGUCAUUUUCAAGGCAUUUAAGAAAAUAUAAAUGUGUAGAACGCGUUAAGAGUACUUAUCUUAAAAAAUUGAGGUAUGCUUCAAAUCCUUUUAAUCAAGAUCUUCUUUUGCAAAUCAUUUAAAAUUAAUUAAACCAAUGUUUUGUGAUGCUUUAACUCUGCCAAAAAACAAUUGUACUAAUUUAUUGGAGGCUAAUGUUAGUUCUCAAGCAGAAAUUGUAAAAAAGCCCAAAUUAUGUUUAGUGCCAGCUGAAACAACUUUAGAUAAUCAACAUUUAACUGAUAAAUGUGAAAAUUUUCCCCAGAUGUAUCUGGAGUAUGGUAGAUUUUAUAGCAGUAAUGAAUCUUUUAAUGGACAUAAAAAAAAUUGUUCUGGUAACAAGAAGAAUGAAUUGUAUUUUUAUACAGAAUGUAAUAAAGCUUAUGUUAGUAUAUGGAAUUUAAAUAAACAUCUUA